AUGUUCUUUCUCUUUCUGUUGAUCUGCUGGUCCUCUUUUAGCUCCGACUCUCGAGCUGCAGACUACGUCAAGCUCCCCGUCUUUCGCCAGUCUCCCUUCCCAACCGCCCGCGAAGCUCUGGCCUUCGACUCUGUCCGUCUCUCUUUCUUUUCCUCCUCUUCCUCCAUCUCUAAUGCUUCUGCCUCUCAUCCUCCUCCUCCCGCGGCGCUCUCGGCUCCCGUGGUGUCCGGCGCGUCGUCCGGCGCCGGCCAGUACUUCGUGGACUUGCAUCUCGGCACGCCGCCGCAACGCCUCCGCCUCGUUGCUGACACUGGCAGCGACCUCGUCUGGGCCCGCUGCUCCGCCUGCCGCGACUGCUCUCGCCACCCUCCCGUCACCGCCUUCUUCCCCCGCCACUCCUCGUCCUUCCGCCCGUACCACUGCUACCACCCGGCGUGCCGCCUCGUCCCCCACCCCCGCUCCUCUUCCCACGACGCUGCCCCUCCUUGCCGCCGUCAACCGCUCCACUCCCCCUGUCGCUACCGCUACUCAUACGCCGACCGCUCCUCCUCGGCUGGUUUCUUCUCUCGCGACAUCGCAACCCUCAACUCCACCUCUGCCGGGUUCCUCCGCCUCCACUCUCUUCCCUUCGGCUGCGCCUUCAACGUCACCUCUCCCGCCGGCUCCGAAGCACCGCGCGGCGUCCUGGGCCUCGGGCGCGGCCCCAUCUCUUUCCCGUCCCGCGCUGCCCGCCGCUUCGGCGACGUCUUCUCCUACUGCCUCAUGGACUACACCCUCUCCCCGCCCCCAACCAGCUUCCUCCUCAUCGGCGCCGCCGCUCACACCACGCUCGCGCCCAAGAACCUCUCCUUCACCCCGCUCCUCACCAACCCGCUCUCACCUACCUUCUACUACGUCCGCGUCCUCGGUGUCUCCGUCGACAGCGAACCCCUCCGCGUCGACCCCUCCGUGUGGGCCCUCGACCACGCCACCGGCAUCGGCGGCACCGUCGUGGACUCCGGCACCACGCUCUCCUUCGUACCCGAGGCGGCGUACCGCGAGAUCGUGCGGGCGAUGACGGGGCGCCUACCGCCAGCAGCGAUAGUCCGGGGCCCACCAGAGUUCGACCUGUGCGUGAAUGCGUCGGCGGAGGCGACUAAGCGCGUCCCGCGGCUGGCGUUCCGGCUGCUGGGCGGGACAGAACUAGCACCGCCGGCGGGGAACUACUUCAUCGACGCGGCGGACGGGGUGCGGUGCCUGGCGAUGCAGCCGGUGAGUGCAGCCGGGCCGGGCUUCGGGGUCAUCGGCAACCUUAUGCAGCAGGGCUUCCUCCUCGUCUUCGACCGUCGCGCCCACCGGCUCGGCUUCUCUCGCACUGGCUGUACCGACGCCUAAUCAAAUUAUGAUAAGCUGAACCGGUCCGGUUUAUUUGGCCUCUUUCUGUGCGCACUUUUGAAGCUCUUUUUUCUCCGGCAUCGGUUUUUUUACCAUGUAAGGCAAUUUAAAAUGGCGGAGUGCGGUGGAGAAGAGAACGACGGGAUUCGGGAGAGGGUUUUGUUGUGAACUGCAGACCAUAGCGAGUGGAGUCACGAGUAUGUACUUAAACGGAGGAGCUGUCAUCCGUCUGUCAUGUUGUCCGAGAUCUUUACCACUGUAGCUACAAUAUAAAUCAUCAUCGUUUUUCUCUCUUCAAGAUGAAGCCGGGGAACAUUUCGGGGUGGCGAGUGAAUGCGAUUCGACAGAGGAAACAGGAAGGUGGGCCUGCUCAGUGGGGAUGAGUGCUUUGCCUGUCGAUGGUCGAUGGAUAGAUUUGCACUUCGUGAUGAUUGCCUGUCAAUAAAGGACGGUAACGCGGUGAGGAAGAUGAGUUCCGUGCCUAGUCGCUAUCCGCUAUCUGUUUGCAUUGUUGAAAGCUACUCGACUGCCAUCAUUUGCUUCGUUCGGCUUCUCUUUUGUUGGCAUGUACAUGCACCUGUGGGGGCAUACGUGUUGCUGUACUCUUUUUGUUCUCUGGGAGAGGUCGGUGA